UCUCAGACACACACACACACACAGAGCAACUCUCCACAGGAAAAGCUGGAGACAGAAUGCAGAGCAGCACCUCACAGCAGCCUCGGCAUGCAGUGGCAGCCCAAAAGGGAUCCUCCUCUACUUUGAUAGUUGCUUAAUUACUCAUGUGAUGCCACACAGAUGUCUGGGGGGGGCUCCAGCCGAAAGUUCGCCCCACUCGUUCGCUGACUGACUGACUGAGUGACAGGAUCCAAGGGAAGGCAGACAUUUAAGGAGCGCCCUGCCGUGUCUAUAAUUGGACUCCUAUCAGCUUAUCUGCAGAUCGGAGAGUGGAAUGUGUUCAGCAAUGGUCUCUACGACACUACACGUGUUGUUGCUAAUGGCCGUCAUGGCCGCUGGUGGAAUGGCUCAGAUAAACAGCACAGAGGAGCUUCCCGGCUCUUCCCAGGCCUUCUCCACCACUGUUCAGCCCAUGAAGACCCACAGCGGGCCAGAGAAUCUCCCAGGCCCAAGGCCUACUUUCAGAGAAGCUACAACAGGCAACAGCACCAUGAGUCUGAAAGACAAGAAACGCCCCCCACCCUGUGUGGUUUCAACCUCCGUUAAGGCCGCUUUCAAGGUCAUCAACACUAUCAUUUCCUGUGCAGUGUUCGUGGUGGGCAUGGUAGGCAAUGCCACCGUGCUAAGGAUUAUCUACCAGCACAAGUGCAUGAGGAAUGGGCCUAAUGCCCUCAUCGCCAGCCUGGCCCUAGGUGACCUCAUCUACAUCGCCAUAGAUAUUCCCAUAAACGUCUACAAGCUCCUGAUGAGUGAAUUCCCUUUGGCUCACACCUCAUUUGGUCAGUUCCUGUGUAAGCUGGUGCCCUUCCUCCAGAAAGCAUCUGUAGGCAUCACAGUGCUCAACCUGUGUGCUCUCAGUGUGGACAGGUACAGGGCUGUAGCUUCAUGGAGCCGUGUGCAGGGAGUGGGGAUCCCCUUACUGACUGCUGUGGAAAUCGUGGUCAUCUGGGUGCUGUCCAUCAUCCUGGCUGUGCCGGAGGCCAUAGUGUUCAACACGACAUCCUUCAACUACAGCAACACGCAAAUUUACACCUGCAUGCUUGUACCCACAUCCACCUUCAUGCGUCACUACAUUCAGUGGAAGGACUGGUGGCUCUUUGGCUUUUAUUUCUGCGUGCCACUGGCCUGCACGGCCUUUUUCUACACCCUCAUGGCUUUCGAGAUGCUUAACCACCGGAAAGGAAGCCUCCGAAUCGCUCUAAGUGACCACCUCAAACAGAGACGAGAGGUGGCCAAGGCCGUUUUCUGUCUGGUGCUGAUCUUCGCUCUCUGCUGGUUCCCCCUGCACCUCAGCAGACUCCUGAAGAAGCUGAUGUACGAUGAAAGAGACAAAAACCGUUGUGAACUAUUGAACUUCCUGUUGAUCAUGAAUCAUUUUGGCAUGAACCUGGCCACUGUCAACUCCUGCAUCAACCCCAUCAUCCUCUACUUCAUCAGCAAGAAGUUCAAGAAUUGCUUCAACUCUUGCCUGUGUUGCUGGCGCCGCUCCAAGAGCCAAGGCACCAGCUUAAGCCCAAUGAACGGCACGAGCAUCCAGUGCAAAAACCAAGAGCCCAACAACCACACUGAUCGCAGCUUGCGCAAAGACAGCGACUGAUCCGCGCAGCAUGGCGCCGCCUGUGGCCUGGAGGACCCGCUGUGAUUCGUCUGUACCGAGCUUUGUUGACAGGAUGAAAGCCACCGCCUAGUCCAGCUGCAGACCUUGACAUGUGAAGCCUUAAAGACAAAAGUGCAGAGGAAACUAGUGCUUUUCUGUGCCGGGCACAGUAUGAAAAGAAGCUGCUUUUAUAUUUAUAUAUAUCUAUAUAUAUAACCAACCACAGACUAGACAAUGGGACUGAUGUAUUUAAGGUCAUGUUCCCAGAAGCUUCUGGAGUGAUGUUUUGCCGUGAGAGAGAAGGCAGAGGGUGGAGGAGAGGGGGCAGGAUGCAGCUGAACGUCAGCUAUAAAUGAACUCCAAUCAGGGGCUUAGCAUGUUUGGCCUAUGAACACACAAACACUAGGACCUGCACACACACAAACACAUGUGUGGGCUGUGCACACUUUCUCAAGGGGCAGGAAACUGAAGGAAGGAAGAGUUGAGUGGUGUGUAUGACGUUCUCUGCAUGUGAAUUUGGACUAAGCAAAAGAGGCCACCAUCACAUAUUUUCCUGAUGCUGCUCAGGACUGAAACUCCCAAUUGGUCUCUAAAUAUGGACCUAGAACAUCUGAUGGACUUUAUAUCGUGCCUGGGAAGCUUGAUCUCACUUAUUUAAAGCCACCCUGAUUGCAUCAGACUGUUGAAACAGUUGGUAAGAUGGACGUCGCUUUUGUUUAUUGAGGUGGACUGGAUUCAAAGGGCUAAGUCUUGUUAUUUACAGUGCUUUGAAAAAUGUAUUUGCUUGCUCAGUGAUUUUCUUCAUUUUAUCAUGCUGUUUCUUCUCAGAUCCUUAAUGGAUCCAGAGACUAUCUGAAUUAGAACAAGAUGCAGUGUUCAGUUUCUGGAUAACAAAAAAGAAUCAUCCAUCUGUCUGUGUGCAGAACACUGCUGCAGAACUAGGCAAACAUCCAGGUGCUCUUUCUCAAAGCUAAGAUAAGCUAUUUCUGUGAAAUUUAGUCAUAAUCAGUUCUCACCCAGCUAGGUCCUGCUUCCCCAACACAAUGCUACCAAGCGGUAAGGGUUAAGGCCAGCAUUUGAGUUCGCUGAAAAAUGGUAAGCACCACCACAUCUUUUCAAACUGCUGCAAACGCAGCAUCAUUGGACAGCAUGCUUGCAGGACAACUAUAAUUCUUUUAUGUCAGCUAACUGACGCCAACAUUGGCUGACAUCGAGCUGACCAGAGAGGGAGGGCAAUCCUACCCAAACAGAGAAAGUGAGGCCAGUCAUGCUUUCUUGGCAUUGCUUGGAAACGACUCACAAUCUCCUGAUGACAGGAUGAACGUUUAGACUAGUGGUCACCAACCCUGGUCCUCGAGGACUACCUUCCUGUAGAAUCUGGUUCCAACCUCAAUCUGCCACACCUGCUCCAGCUAAUUUACUUAUUCUGAAGUUCUUGAUUGGCUGAAUCAGACGCAUUAGUGCUGGGUAAGCAUGUUAGCUGGAGGUUGGGACUAAAAUCUGCAGGAAAGUUGAUCUCUAAGAGAAGAGCUGAGGACCACUUGUUUUGAUGGUUGCACCUCUCGAGAGCCUGAAGUUAACUGGCUUUUAAAUGCCAGAAUUGGUAUUUUUUGCUCCUUGGGGUCCCCUACAGUUGUAUUUCACUUUUACACCACUGUUGUAAAUACAAAUUGUGCUUUGAGCCCCCAUCAUGGACAGCUGUACACAUGCCUUUGUUGACAAGCCGAAGGUCACAGAAUCUGACUCCCCUUAGGUUAGAGCCUACAUUGCAAUCUGUAAUAUAUAACAUCGGCAGGGAUGUACACUCUGCUGUUGGAUUUUUGUUGUUUUCCCAUUAGCUGUUAGACUAUCUAGCAUCCUUAUAUCUCUCGCCAACAAGUAAAAGACAGUCCGAGAUUUAGUUUUGUCCAGUCUCUUGAUUGGUCACUCUCUCUUUUUGUCUUCUUCGCUUCCUCCAACAUCUUCUUCAGGCUCUUCAAUGUGUGGUGUGGUGCCAUAAAGCGUUACGCAUGUAUCGUUAGAAGUUUCGUGCCAGCUCCUCCAAAGCUUCAUAGCAGUAUAGCAAGCAUUCUGGAGUGGAAAUGACAGAGACAUCAUUCUCCCAUUUAUAAGUCAGUGCACCAUCAAAAUGAUUUUGAAGUUGUUAUUUUAAGGUAAAAUUGUUUCACAACAUUGCAGCUGAUUUUUAUCCAGCAUCUUUAAAUGGUUCAUGAAGUUAUACCCUUUACUAAGGUGUGGUUUGCAGGUCCCUGGAUGUUGUAUUUUGUAAUUUUUGUCCCUCAGGUACCUUUUGUACCAAUCAAUCAAACCUAGUAACUGAACGAUGUUUCCCAGUAACUGAACCUUUUCAUCCCUGUAACUGGAAUUUAUUUGAAAUUACAAUCACUUUUUCUUUUUACCAUUUCACAUGUUUGGACACUGCAGUAUUGUGUUCUGUAUAAACGUGCUUGACCCAUGCCCAAAUAAUAUGUUUCUAUACUGCGUCAUAUAUUCCAGAAACAUUUAAAACUUCACACAUAACCAAAACGAAAAGGUGCUUUGUUGAACCUUGAUUGGUCCUUGAAGGAAUGCAGGCCACAGCUAAUGCUUUCUGUCCCACAGCUGGGCUUGCUGACCAUCAGCUCCGGUUAGUAAUACAGAGGCUAAUGACUUCUGACCCUGUUCGAAUUUUAGACUUAGCUCUAGGAGGCUGUCCAAUUGCAACAAACCCUUGGUAAUAACGUUGAAAAAAACAAGAGAGAGGGAACAUUUCUAAGUUCAGCGUGAGGGCUUGGGAAAAAGGGGGCCUCUCUGUCGAACCAAAAAACAACCAUGCGGUUUAAAUAUCUUCCUUUACUCGCAACACUGUGAAUCCUUAUUCCUAAAUAUUACUCGUUUUGUAUACAUUAGACUACCUUAGUAUGAACAUUUGUAACCUUUCUAUUGUGUUUAUUUAUGUUGGAUCAUAUUACAUCACUUGUUAUGGAAUUUAGCAGCAGUUACAGAUGUACCAGCCUAAAGACCUUUUCCAGUAAUACGGUGUCGAAUCAUUUCUGUUUCUUCAUAUGAGCUUCAGAGACAGCUGGGAUUUGUUUAAAUCUCAUUCAGAAGGUUUCAAUUCAUAAAAUGAGAGAGAAGAAAUGUUGUGAGAAUAUAGUGGUUUGUACAAUCUGAAGUUUUCAGAAAGUGACUCAGACUGCAGACUGUAAUUUUAGAUCAAUGCAACACUUUUCUUAUGUGUUUUUUUAGUAUGCAAACAGUGUUGAAUUUAAAGGAGUAGUCCAGCAUUUUUCCUAGUCUACAUCUGUACUGCAUCAUCAGUUACCUUUUGACUAAUCUCCCUGUGCUUAGAAAAGAAGAGAAAAGUAUGCAAUGCCAUGCAAAAUGUGCAGCACUGUCAAUAAGCCCUAUUCAUAAAGUCACCAUGGCAGUGAUUAGCUGGUGUCAUUUCAACGCUGGAGUAUUUUUACUGGUGUUCUAGGCCAGUUGUGACCGACAUGUAAAUGAAGUCAUACACAUUAAAGACCCACACCAUGUAAAACUCUGAUUGGCUGCCAAAUUGGAUACAAUAAAAGAAAUCAAAAAAAGAAAAUUCUCAUAAACACAGCUGCAAACUGUUCUUUACUAAAUAUGGAGAAACACGAUGAGAUGAUUGUUUAUGUUAAUGAGUCAUAUGCUAAAGAUUUGACAGAUGAGGUUGGAAAACACUGAAGUAUUCCUUUAAAGUUACCAGGAGUUGUAAUGGGCAACAUUUUAUAUCUCAGCUCCUCUUCUAAAUGUACCUGCUGUGGUUCAGAUUACUAGCAGUGGUGUUUGAUGCAUCAAACUAAUCUCAAGAUAAGCUGCUGCUCUGACAUAAACAUAACAGAUGCCACUAUUGAUCCAUCCAUUCAAAAAACGUCUGGUUGUCUCUCAGUGUAAGGAACCCUGAGACCCGUGAGAGAGCAGGCUCAGUUUCCGCUGGGAAGAAGCCCCAGUCUGGGACUGAUCUGAGCCACAUUUUGACCUGUUUGGCAGUAGAAUGGUCAGCGUCAUCUGUGUCCAGUUUAACGACAUGUGCUGCAUUCGUGGAAGGGUCUCAAAACAUGUCUGUAAAGUGUGUUCAGCAAAUGGUUGUUACAACAUAAUUGUCUUUUAUUGGUCUGGCAUCACUAUGUCCUGACAAAUGUGCUUUUAAUUUGUUUGAGAAUGUUUAUGUAUGUAAUUAAAGUCCUUUUCCAGUAAAGCUUAUAUAAUAUAAAAGCAUUUGUAUUGCUCCAA